CAGGAGGUGCUGGGCGAGGAUAAGCUCAUGGCCAUCCUGAAGGAGCGAGAGUUAAAGAUCUACUGGGGAACAGCCACCACGGGCAAGCCUCACGUCGCCUACUUCGUGCCCAUGUCCAAGAUCGCAGACUUCCUGAAGGCUGGAUGCGAGGUGACCAUACUCUUUGCUGACCUCCACGCUUACCUGGACAACAUGAAGGCCCCCUGGGAGCUGCUGGAGUUGCGGACCCGUUACUAUGAGAACGUGAUCAAAGCCGUGCUGGAGAGCAUCGGGGUGCCCCUGGAGAAGCUGAAGUUCGUCCGGGGCACUGACUACCAGCUCAGCAAGGAAUACACGCUGGACGUGUAUCGCCUCUCGUCCAUGGUGACGCAGCACGACGCCAAGAAGGCAGGAGCAGAGGUGGUGAAGGAGGUGGAGCACCCCUUGCUGAGUGGUUUGCUCUACCCUAGCCUGCAGGCCCUGGAUGAGGAAUACCUCAAGGUCGAUGCACAGUUUGGUGGAGUUGAUCAGAGGAAAAUAUUCACCUUUGCAGAGAAGUACCUUCCUUCCCUGGGCUAUGCCAAGCGCGUCCAUUUGAUGAACCCGAUGGUUCCUGGUCUGACAGGCAGCAAAAUGAGCUCCUCGGAAGAGGACUCAAAGAUUGAUCUUCUGGACCGCAAGGAGGAUGUGAAGAAGAAGUUGAAGAAGGCUUUCUGUGAGCCAGGGAACGUGGAGAACAACGGGGUCCUCUCCUUCAUCAAGCACGUCCUCUUUCCCCUCAAGUCAGAGUUUGUGGUUCUGCGAGAGGAGAAAUGGGGAGGAAACAAAACCUACACAGUCUAUGAGGCCCUGGAGAAGGACUUUGCUGAGCAGGUUGUGCAUCCUGGAGACCUGAAGAACUCAGUGGAAGUGGCCCUGAACAAGCUGCUUGACCCUAUCAGAGAGAAAUUCAACAGCCCAGAGCUGAAGAAGCUGACGAACGCAGCAUAUCCCGACCCCUCCAAAGCCAAGCCUGCAGAGAAAGGCACCAAGAACUCGGAGCCAGAGAACGUGGUCCCAUCCCGGCUGGACAUCCGCGUUGGCAAAGUGAUCAGUGUGGAAAAGCACCCGGAUGCUGACAGCCUGUACGUGGAGAAGAUCGACGUGGGGGAGCCUGAGCCCCGCACUGUGGUCAGUGGCCUGGUGCAGUUUGUCCCCAGGGAGCAGCUGCAGGACAGGCUGGUGGUGCUGCUUUGCAACCUCAAACCCCAGAAGAUGAGGGGUGUGGAGUCGCAGGGCAUGGUGCUGUGUGCCUCCAGCUCUGGGCUGGAGGUCAGGAGACUGUGGCUUGGUUUUUGGGCCCCCCGGGCGGGGUGCUGCGCCGGGGGGCGUGUCUACGGGGAGGGUUAUGAGGUUGGGCAGCCCGAUGAGGAGCUCAAGCCAAAGAAGAAGGUCUUUGAGAAGCUGCAGGCCGAUUUCCGCGUCUCUGAGGACUGUGUGGCCCAGUGGAAGCAGAGAAACUUCCUGACCAAGCUGGGGAGAGUCUCAUGUAAGAGCCUCAAGGGUGGGAGCAUCAGCUAA